AUGGCUGAAAACAGUGAUCCUCUCGAGAUGUUUGAGGCGGGAGGGCAUGAAGAUAUCGACCCCUUUUUCGAAAAUGCUUACAGACCACGGCCAAAUGCUGGAGAUCACCUAUUUCUUCCACAUCCCCACACACCCGCUGCGUAUCAUAACACCCGCCACGCUCGCCGCUCACACGCUGCUCGAAAUCCAGUAAUAGAGCAACAACCGCAAGAAGCUACCCCUGUGAUCGACCUCACGGAAGAGCCUGAUUCUCCUGUACAAUCCCGAGCUAUUCUCGACAUCCUCCAGCCCGCGAGACCACCUGCAAGGAACCCGCGUCGAACGAACUCCCAGCGCAUAUCACCGCCUCAGUUAGCACGCACCGAUGGUACUUUCGUGGGACGUGCAGAAAAUGUUAUUGACUUAACUGCGGACUCACCUGAGGAAGACCGGUCACACUUCAGAGGGAGACGCGAGGUACCGAGGCCAGACGAACUGAUUGAGCUGGAAAUAAUAAGCCAGCGACCAGCUCUGGGGUCUCUACCAAACUUUGCUGCCUUUGGCCCCUUCAGGAGAUUGGCUGGUAUCUUUGGGGCAGCAGACAUAGCCUUCAACCCACCAAAUCUAGACAUUUCACGCAACGCAUUCGCACGACAACCGACCCCGAAGCCACAAAUGUCUCCACCGCCCCCAACGCGAGAAGGGUUCACUCGCAAUACCUGCACCGACCCGGAGAAGGAGUCUGAAAGCGUGGUUAUAUGCCCAGCCUGUAAUGAGGAGCUGGCUUAUGACCCAAGCGGCACAGUGACUCAGAGUUCUGUGGGCCAGCAGAAGGGGAAGAGAAAGCGAGCACCAGGAGAACACCACUUCUGGGCCGUCAAGAAGUGCGGACAUGUCUACUGUGCCGAUUGUUAUGAGAACAGGAAGCCUACGAAGGCGAACCGUGAUGGCGUAGGCUUCCGAUCCCCUGAUGGGCGACCUGUGUUCGCGGCUUCGAAUGACCUCCGAUGCGCGGUGGACGGUUGUGAUAGCAAGGUAUCGCAAAAGUCAGAGUGGGUUGGAAUCUUCCUUUGA